AUGGACGCUUCGUGGAACGUAACUCGAGAGGGCGAGCCGAUAUCGGUCCCAAGCGAUACCGUCGCAUUCGAGAUGUGGCAUGUGGCUAUAGGAGUCAAUGCUCGAGGGCCGUGGCCAUGGCUGGCGACAUCCCACAACGGUGCGCUUGCUUUCCGAUCGGAAGCCUGCAUCGGUCUUGUGAGGAGAUCUGAGUUGGUCGCUGUCGCAAAAGAUCUAGGCCGGGCCGCCAAGAUUACGGAGCCGGGGGGCCGGCAGAGGUCGACGGUAGACCGGUUCCGUCAGGUGGCGGACAGUCAAUGGGCCCGCUGUCACCGUAAACAGCGAGGUGAUGAGAUCAUCGACGCAACGGACGCGCUCGUCUCUCUUCCAAGCGCCCCA